CAGAAACUUGAUUCAAGAUGUCUAAAGAACUACAGAUGAGCCAUCAAGGACAUGGUGGAAAUGAUGAAGACUGUGCUAUCCCCUCUACCAAACAUUUCCACCAUGGAGAUGACGAAACUGAUGAAGAGAACGCUGACAUAAAGGAAAUCGACGAGGCUCCCAUAAAAAUUUCAAAAGCACAAGAUACGUCAGCUAGUGCUUCAAGCGAAAUCUUAAGCCUGAUUGACACAAUUGACCGGAAAGCAAGAACCAAUGCAGACGGCGGUUAUGCUAAACAAGGCUUUUAUGCAUCAGGUUUUGAAAACGAACCAGGAAAGAGGAUUCCCAAGGCUGGAUACCAUGCAGAAGCAGGAGUUGGACGAGCUCGUGCUGAAUACAGUGUAUUCGAGGCAGAAGCCAAAGGCCCAAACGCCUCAGCUGGUGCAGAAGCCAGUUUGGGUGGAGUCGGAGCAAUGGCUCGGGCUGAAAUCGCCAGUGCAUCAGCUAAAGCCGGUCCAGUUGGUGUGAAAGUGGGACUAGGCUUUGACACGGGUGCAUCUAUUGGUGUGGAUGGGGUAGAGGCCAAAUUCCUAGGAACUGGAAUCACAAUUGGUCCAAAAACCAGUAUAUCUGUUCUGGGCUCAGAAGCAUCAUGUUCAGUCAUGUAAUCACAGAGACCUAUUAUUAUUAGGGCCGGGACUCGAUUAAAAAAAUUAAUCUAAUUAAUUAGAGGCUUUGUAAUUAAUUAAUCGAAAUUAAUCGCACUUUAAUCGCAUAUAAAUAUUUGACCUGAGAACAGUGAGAAGUAAUUUUUUUCACAUGGAUUUAUAGUAUACCAUUGAAUAAUGACUGAAUACAUAAGUUUAAGCAACAAAAUAUUGUUUAUUUUUGUUCAACCAAGUCUAGCAGACCAGUGCAAUUUUUGCCAUGAAGUGUAGCAAUAGCAUAUUUAGAAACAAUUUAGAAAUAUUACAUUUCAGAAAUUCAGGAAGCUUAUAGGUGCUGGAACCUUCUGUAAAGUGUUUUUUAAGUAAAACACAAUAAUGUCAAUUACAUUCAGAACAUUGGAAACACUGACUAUUAGAAAACAUCUCUCUGUUGCUUCAGAGGCCAUAACAUACUAAGUCCAACUCUCAAUAACCUUGGCCAAAACAAUAAAGAGUUCAACAUAAACUGUUGCACCAACAAAAUAAUACAUAGUUCAACAUAAAGUGUAAAAUCCACGCUAGCUGCUAUAUGUUUUGCGUUGAGGUGAUACUUGAGGCUCGAUGUGCUGCAGUAUUAUGCGAACGCUAGUUGGUGCUCCAGUAUAAUCGGUCCGCCGAAACUCAUCCAGUGAGAAACGUUCCGUGGUGCAAAAAUAAGUUAUUAAAAAUGCGGGAAUUUUGUUUUCUGUAAUUAAUUAAUCUUAGUUAACGCGUUAUUUUUUGUGUAAUCAAUUAAUCUCAAUUAACGUGUUAAAGUCCCGGCCCUAAUUAUUAUUAUUAUUAUUAAUAAUCUUUAAUCAGUUUUAAUGCAGAAUUAGUAUUGUUAUCGAGUUAUAAAUACACAGAAUUAUUAUACAUUAUACAUACCAAGGUAAUUUGUAAUUUUUUCAUGUUCAAAAAUAAA